AUGGCCAGUACAAGUGAUGCUGCCUCGUUCUAUGAGGCACAUUCAUCGAGCAAGAGUUUCCGCAGCGUGAGCAAGGAACGAUCAAAGAAUACCCGAGAUCGACUGAUCGGUACCGCCGCAUCAGACGUGCGCGGUACCGUUUGGUCCAACACGGGACGAUCACAAACGCACAAUCGCCAAGGUCCUGGGAUGAAGACAGCGGAAAAUCGAUCUGCGCAUACGUCCGCAUCACACAGUCGUCGCGUCGGUGGAAGUUCGACUAGAAAUGUGGAAGAGACGGUUGUUGUUCCAACACCACCACCACCUUCUCCUAGAGGGACAGAUAAUGACCACAGUCAUUCAGGUCAUGCGUCCAACUGA